AUGUCCUACCAGUCUCCUUACACACCAGUCUCCGGCCAGGAUAACGGCCAGCAAGUACCAGCUGCCCCAGCUUCUCCAGCACCUACCACACCCUCCUCCGAGGCUCGUCUUCCGCCAGGCACGGUACGCCUCACCAACGAUGUCCACAGAGGCCCAGCUCGAUACGCAAACGAGCAGGUAUUCUCCCCCGAGGAUGUUACCGCUCGCGACGAAGAACUUAGACACGGUACCCACAAGUCUAGCGCAUACCCUGAACCAUCAAUCGGAGGCUACCAACUCCCAGCAAUACACGCCUUCACCGACCACGCCCGAACUGCGCCGGUUGAUCGACCUCCUCCUCGCCCAGUCCCGCUCCACCUGAAGAAUGUCCAACCGAGCGCUUGCCUGGUCGAGUAUCCACUCGGCAGUAAGAAGUACUAUACUCUGGAGUGCUUGAAGUGUUUUGCAGCUUUUGAUGGAGUCGGUAGAGCGGUCAUGCAUUUCACGCACAUGGCGGCUCAUGCCGAGCUGAAAGGGCUCGUUACAGCUGAGAACGUGGUGGAGAUAUGUGGUUGUCGUGUGGUAGACGCGACGGAUGAGGAUUAUGCGAGAAUGAAUUGUGCUGCUCGGCAAGCUGCUGCUCUUGCUGCUGGUCCUCGUCCUUCUUGA